AUGAGUUUCCGUCGAGGUGGUGCUGGUAAAGGCUCUUCAUUCCAAAAUUUGCCAAUUGGAUUGAAUUACAGCGAUGUUGGAACUAAAGAGAACGGUGAGAAGCCUUCGAUACCUCUUCCUGUCCAUAAUCCUAUAACUUCAAAGGAAAGGGCGAUUGCUGUCAAGUAUAUCAACUUUCUGAAUACUGUGAAAGAUGGGCCGUUUUAUACUGGGACAAUGUCUGCUUCAGUGGAGGCAUCGGAUAAUUCAAAGGAUAAACCUCAGACAGUAGUUGAAGACGGUGGGUUUAAUGAUGGUAUAGAACGUUAUUCCGAUAAAUACUUGAAGAAAAGGAGGAUAUGUUUAUCCGUGGAUACGCACCCUUUUCAUUUGGAAUACUUUCCAAAAGAGCUAUAUCAGGCUAUGGGGAUUAAAAAGAAGAAGUUGCUUGCAUUAUCAAAGUUCAAUAAGAUUGAUGAUCUUUUCACAGGUACCGGUUGCGAGGAAGAGGAAGCUCUUCCAAUGCUUGAGAAGUUGAAGGAGCUGGCAGAAAACGAGGAUGAAGUUGAAGAGAACAAGGAAAAGAACUCUAGUGACAUUGAAGAGGACUUGGAUGAUGACUUUGACGAUGAUGACGAUGACGAUUAUAAUGCUGAGAAGUAUUUUAAUGAUGGAGAAGAUGAUGACAAUGGAGACGAUGAUUAUGGCGAUGAGCCAGCCUUCUGA